AUGCCGGCUACUCUUCUUGAGGCCGACGCGGUCCUCGGUCCGGAGGCAGAGCUCGACCUCGCUGCCGCUGCCGCCCCCGAGCCGCUCGUCGAUGACACCCCUCCUCGGCCGUAUACAGUGUUUCACGAGCACGUGGCGCUCGACAUUGACCUGCGGGAAAAAGUCAUCAAAGGAAACGUAGAUAUCUUCAUUAGUACCCAGGGCGCCGUAUCCGAGAUCUACCUCGAUGCCCGGCAAUGCGAAAUCGACGUCGACCACAUCACCGUGAGCUACUGUCCUGCGAAAGCCGUCUACGAUGAUCCAAGCAUCAAGGCCGACACCCCCGAGGGCUACCAGUGGUCCGCAGGCCAGUGGAGCAUUCGCAAACAGCGCAUGCGGCCCUUGAUGCACCAUCAUCGCAAAGAUGAAGCCUCGGCCGAAGAGCAUGAGCAGAAGAUGAACUGCCACCCCGUCGACGAGUCUCUCUGUGUCACCAUCCCACCCAUCAAGGAUAUCCAAGCAAGCCUGGCCAAACACAAGGAGCUGCGCUCCUACAUCCGGGAGCAGGACGCGCUGGACCAGUGGAUAGACCAGUGGGACAAGGCUAUCGAAGAGAACGCCACGGCUCUGUUCAAAAUCAACGUUCCAUUUGUGCUGAAGAACAUCCGGGACGGGCUACACUUUGUUGGCGUAGACGAGACCGACACGAGAUACCCUCACAUGUAUACUCGCCAUUCCAGCGAGCCGGGGGCUGCCUGCUCCAUCUUCCCCUGCAUCGAUGAUCCGGCUUGUCGCUCAUCCUGGCGCGUGUCUCUAACUUUCCCUCAGACCCUCGGUGAUGCCUUCCGGAGGCGCCCGUCUGCGCAGCCACCAAAUGUCAAUGGCACCGGCGCCGGCAGCAAGAAGCGGAAGCAUGGCGACGACGACGCCCUCUCUCCUUACCUCGCAUUGACCGAGGAAGACAAGAUGCUUGAGUUGACGGCUAUCUGCUCGGGCAAGCUAGAGGACGAAGUCAUUGACAAGCAUGACGAGACGAAGAAGACCAUGACAUUUACGUGCAGUAACAAAGCAGCACGCCACAUUGGCUUUGCCCUGGGCCCAUUCGAGCACGUCGACCUGUGGUCGGAGUUCAGAACGGAAGAAGACGAUGAGAAGUUGGCUUCCAACGCGACCAAGGUUCACGGUUACUGCCUGCCGGGACGGGCGGACGAGGUUCGAAAUUCUUGUGCUGCCCUCGUAACGGCAAUGGAUCAUUUCGCCCUAAACUACGGCCGCUAUCCAUUUGACAACUACAAGAUGUGCUUCGUCGAUGACAUGGUUGUCGAUACUGUCCCUCUGUGCGGCUUUUCACUCUGCAGCAACAGGAUCUUAUUUCCACGGGACAUAAUCGACACCGAGAUUGAAGUCACAAGAACGCUCGUCCAUGCGUUGGCGAGUCAGUGGUUCGGCAUCACCAUCAUUCCCAAUAAGAAGUCGGAUAUCUGGCUAGUAAUGGGCAUUGCCUGGUUCAUGACAGACUUGUUCAUGAAGUCACUCGCUGGGAACAACUGGUACCGGUACCAAAUGAAGGAUCAAGCGGACCGCUUAGUUGAGAUCGACAUGAAGAGGCCAUCCCUAGAAUCACUAGGCGAGCAUCUGCAUCUCGGUGGUUUCGAGGUUGACUUCAUGAACCUCAAGGCAAACCUGGUCCUGUUCAUCCUUGAUAGGCGGCUUUCGAAAUCUUCCGGGAGCGCAGGCAUUGCCAGAAUUAUCGCCAGGAUGGUCCUCAAGGCCAACUCGGCGAGCGAGGCCGCCGAUGAGAUUCUGACUUCCGAGAAUUUCCGCAAGGCUUGCGAAAAACAUGGCCAGACAAAGCUGGAGAGCUUUUGGGCCCAGUGGGUCAAGGGGUCUGGUUGUCCCAGAUUCGAUGUCCACCAGAAGUUCAACAAGAAGCGACUUCACGUUGAAAUGAAUGUGCGCCAAACACAAGAUAUUGCCCAAAACAAGACUAGGCAGCUCGACAAGGAUGACUUCUGGCGGGAGGUUGUGGAGGAGAACCAAGAGCACCAAGUCUGGGCAGCCGACAUGCACCACUGCUUUACAGGACCCAUGACUAUCAGGAUUCAUGAGGCCGAUGGUACUCCGUACGAGCACAUAGUGGAGAUUCGCGACGAAAACGCCAAGACGGUCAAGUUUGAUAUACCUUACAACACAAAGUAUAAGCGCCUGAAGCGUAACCGGCGUCAGCGGGAGCGCCAGAUUGCCGGUACUGCAAACAAGCCCAAUGAGGAGAACGCGGACGAAACUCUGAUUUACUGCCUGGGGGACGUCCUCCAAACCGAAGAAGACAUCGAGCGAUGGGACCUGACGGAUUGGGAUCCUGACAUGGAAGCUAAGAUGGACCAAGAGUCUUACGAGUGGAUUCGGAUGGAUGCUGACUUUGAGUGGAUCUGUACAAUGAGGACGAACAUGCCCGCGUACAUGUACGUCUCUCAGUUGCAGCAGGACAAGGAUGUCGUGGCACAGCAGGACUCUAUGCUUUAUUUGGGCAGGGAGGCAUCUAGCAGGCCGCAUCCGUUGAUGUCCACCAUCAUCACUCGGACUCUAGUGGAUGCCCGUUACUUUCACGGCGUUCGAACCAUGUCAGCCGGGACGCUACCCAAGCUCUCCUUGGACAUAUUAAAUCAAGUCGGGCUCAGGCAUCUCAUGAUGACCUUCAAGGAGCUGUUCUACUUGGGCGAUGAGGAUCGGCCACGACCCAACGACUUUUCGGAUAAGCGUCAAUAUAUCGUUCAAUGCGCCAUCCCUGGAGCCGUUGCUCAGGCACGGAAUAAGGAUGGACAUUGUCCAAAGGAAGCCCGAGAUUUCAUUCUAAAGCAGCUCCGAGACAAUAACAACGAGGAGAAUAACUACUCGGACAGCCUCUACAUCUGUAGACUCAUCGACGCGCUUGCGACAUGCCUCAUCCCCGACCAAAAACGUGUCAAAAAGCAGGCCAUGUCCUUUGCUUUCGGCGACGAAGACGAAGAGGAUGCAGCUGUGGACCCUGAGCCACAAGCAUUCAAGGAAGCAGCUCUGGAGGAGAUUGAUCGAUACCGUAGGAUGGACGAAUACUCUCCUUCGUUUCAGAACUGUUUUACUGUCGCAACGCUUGAGGCCCUGGGUCGCCUCAUGAAGGCCGAGGUGAUACCAUUGAACCCGCUCGUCUUCACACAGUAUCUGCAGGACAUGACCGUUGAUAUCGUACGCAUCAAGGCGUUCGAGAUGCUUGUCGAGCUCAAGUUUAUGGCCAAGCCCGUGUUUCUCAAGUUCUUCCUCUCCGUCAUUUCCACGGACAGGUCGCCAUUCAUCCGCAAUCGGCUCUUCAAGAUAUUCUGUCGUGGUCUGGCCAGCAUUGCCUUUGGCGAGCAUGAGCAGGAAGAGAAGGCCGCCCCAGCUCCUAGCGAGGGUGACCUCAUUGUGGAGCAGGAGUCCGGCAUUAUUGAGGCGAAACAGAAGCUGAAGGCCCGAAGGGAGAACCUGACUGCGGCUUUGGCUGCUUUGAAGGAGGUGACAAAGAACGAUCUGACUUUGCAGGAGGUUGUCUGGAAAGCUUUAGACUCACCCGUCCUGUCGGUUCCCGAGAGGAGAAACAUCUUAGAACUCUGCGCAAUUCUGUUCGAGGAAGACGACCAGUUCCUUGUGAAAUUCAAUUAUCCCAAGGUGUGGACAUGUGCGCGUGGGCCAAAGGAACGUGGCAGGUGUAAGAUGAACUUCAAACGCCACUUCCGUACGAAGUCGCGCAAGACCUAUGCCACCCCUACCGUCUCACGUCCAGAGCCACCAAAGCGCACGAUAACCCUGAAUUUGAACCGAGCACCGAGUUUCAAGGCGACAACGCCAGUAGCUGUCAAACCUCCGUCCGGAGUCUUCCAGCCGCCGCCAAAGCCAACUCCACCGAAACCGACCAUAUCGGCCAAGGUCCUCAAGGAAGCGGUCGUCGCUGCUUCUGCUCCACGUCCUGCCGAACCUCCUGCUCCUCCGAAAGAAGUUCGCAGAGAUAGUAUCUCUGUUCAGACCCCUCGUCCUAGCAUUGAGGUUUCUGCUCCUGUUCACUCGGAGCGGAAGGCACUUCCAGGGAGUUCCGCGAAACUCCAGUCAACCUCCAAGGCAGCACUCCCCAAGCCUCAGAUCCAGAAAGUGCAAGCUCCAAAGAUUGCGCCGCCAAAGGCUGCGGCACCCAAGGUUGUCCCCAAGUCGCCAAUACCUCCAAAACCCAGUGGAGAGUCUCGUUCGAACAGUCUGGCUCCACAGCCUCCCAAAACUUUGAAGCGUCCCAGCGCAGAGCCAGCUGAAGGACCGCGGCCGACCAAGAUCGUGAAGCUGAACACCAAGGGCAUACCGGCAAGCGCAUUCCAGAAGCGGACCAAGGUAGUCAGGCUCCGAUUCAAGCAGUGGGACCGACUCAGUAUCCGCAAACAGCCGUCGGCUACACCCGAAGCUGGAUCAAUCCGUGCGACCCCUAAGGGAUCACAGUCACAGGCUCCAAAAGAGCGUUCCAAUUCAAUUGUUGUCGGGUCCUCUAUACCGUCACAGGCGUCAAAGCCGCAGUCUUUACACAGAUCUUCUGCUCCCAGUGGCUCGGCCCCUUCGCCUUCACUACCCUCCAAAAAGAAGUCCACCAGUCCUCCUUCCCUGCCCGAUAUGGGCAAGAGCGCCAGUGGUAGCAUCUUGGUGAAGCACGACCGCAAGCCUCUCCCGGGAGGCGCUGAACGCAAAUCACUUCCAGGGGGUGCCGAGCGCAAGUCUCUCCCCUCGGGCGGCGAGCGCAAAACUCUUCCUUCUGGCGAACGCAAGGUCCACUCCUCGGGCGAGCGCACCUCCCUACCGUCCUCCGGUGGGCGUACCUCUUUACCAUCCGCGUCACCUCACUCGACGCCCUCUCACCCAGCUUCCCAUAGCUCAUCUAGCACCGGAGCGCCUCUGAAGACGAAGUUCAAGAUCAAGGUCAAGCCUAAGCCUGACUGA